AUUAGUGCUUGAUUUUUAUACUCAAAAGAGAAAGAAUCAGAUGAAAUUUAGAAUUGUAAGAAGUAGACAGGCUGUAGUAUAAUUUGUAGUUAGUUAGUUAGGAGAACAAAACUCUGCAGCAACAUGUUUCGAAAGUAUAAAAACAGUAAACUUCCUAUUCCCAAUAGUAGAAAACAACAGAUUCGUAUUUCUUUUAUAAUCAUUCGACAAAAUUUUCCGAAGCCAUUCACUGGAAAAUAUUAAAAUUAUACUUGAAUUAUUUUUUUAGAAAAUUUUUUUUGCAAUAUUUUUCUCCGCUAACCAUACAUCUUGUUCAAUAGAAAACUCGUCAGAAUCUACUAGUGUCACGAAAAAACAAUAAAACGAUUAUGUGGGAGGAGCUCGCUAGCUAUAAAAAUCAUUUCCUCCAACUUGAGGUGAAGCACAUGAAGAGGGAAAGUAUAAACGAUUUCGUUACCAAAGAAUACAAUAAGGUGCAAUCAAAACGUUGUAGUUGUAAGUGUCCAAACGAAGAUAACUGCUCGAGUUCGGCCUAUUUUCGUGAUCAUGCCGCAUUGGCAUAUGGCUUUCAAUGUAUUGAAAAAUUGACUCACGAUAUAUGUAGUGAUGAUCCGCUGCUGAGAUGGCAAGGUGUAAAUUCAUUAACCGAGGUAAUACUUAAUCCGUGGCAAGCGCAACGUGCCAUCAUGCAAUUCGAUUUGGUGAGAAAGUGUAAAAAUAUGUUCUUUCGCAUACAAAAUGGAUAUCUCAAGGAAUUCUACAAUGAACAUAGACAAUUAAUGAAAAUAUUUUACUUGGUUUCGAGCUAUCUAAAUGGUGCCCAUGCCAUUGUUGGGCGUUUACAUUUGGUUGAAGAAUUCUACUCGAUUAUCUAUAAUCAUGGGAGUACACGUUAUCUGGCUUGCAAGAUUCUACGCAACUUGACGGAAAAAACGGAGAUAUUGCUUUUUCUCCUUAAUGAAACGUCAUCAUUUCAAAAUCUCUCAACCAUUUUCAAUGCUGACCCAUGUACGCCCUUCUAUCCCAAUGCAUUGUGGGAGCACCUUUGCCAUUUCUUAGAGAUCGCGCCGAAGUUGGCCAUAAAAUCGGGUUUCUUUGAAUUAUUAUAUGAACGCAUAAAGAAUAAAACGCUCUUCUAUCAUGAGCUCUGCAUGAAGUGCUUUGCCAUGCUCUUACGUUGUGAGGAUGGUCAACAGUGUUUCGAUGAGAUUGAUGGCGUGAAAUUGUUGUAUGACAUAAUCGCAGAUGAGCGAACAAAGUUGGAUAACUAUGAAUAUGUGAUGUUGGCUUUACAGCACGGUCUAGUGAGCAAUCGUUCGCUGUGGCGUUGUCGUGAGUUUACCGAUCUGCCGAACCGUAUUAUCGACUUAGCCAAGUUGGAUAAUAGAAAUUUGCAAUUGGAAUGCUUCAAGUGUCUUCGUCUCCUAUCCGCCAUGCCAUGCUUAAAGGCUUACAUACUGCAUGGUUGUAUGUCCGAUUUGAUGUCAAUCGAGUGUUUGAAUGAACAGAAUGAGUGCACUCGUGAUUUGUUAGCUGAAUGGCUGAAUCGUGACAUUUGUGAUUCGAGUGAAAUGUGAUUUUUUUAAAUUCAGUUUGUAGUUUUUAAAUUCAGCAAUGCGUUUAAAACUAAUUUUCAAUAAAAAAAUGUUUUUUAUAACGUGUUAAGAAUGUUACUUUGCUGUCUUCAAUGCAUUGUUUGAAAUAAGAGUAAUCGCCGGUAUAUCUCUGAUUUAGAGCUUAAAAGAUACAAAGUCUUCUAAUAUUUAGUAAUUUAUUACUCUACACUUCUGAAAAACCUUCGUACCACAUAUGUGAACAACAAUUGGAAAAGGAGUCCAUGUGAGCUUUGCUUGAAGGCCUGAUUUUUGUAAGAGGUUUUGGCUUUUAAUUGGAUUUUAUCCAACGCAUGUAAAAUUAUUGUAGAUUCUUCCUCCUUUCAAUACAACUUUAUGAAAAUAUUAAAGAUGUGACCAUUAUUGCUUAAAUUUUUUUCCUACUAUUCUCUUACACUUCGGCCUAGGGUCUAUUGCGCCGUAUCCUCCUUCACAUGUAUUCUCAAUUUCAUGAAAUUGCUGGGCGCUAUUGAGGUUAUGAGAUCCCUAUCAGGAUAAAUGGAUUCAUGGGUCUUGAGCCUGCGUCUACAAAUCGCAACAAGAUGUGCUGGAGUUUCCGGUUCCAGGUCUCUAGACAGGUUGAUCAUAUCUUUGAACCUUGCACAUUUUAACCUCCCAAUAGCGGCUUAUUUUAUAUAUGUUUUAGAUAUGAUUAUCAUCUGUUCCCGUGGUUAAAGUGAUUAUUCUCUUACUUGUUCAUACUUAUGGCAAAAAAAUUUCACUUUUUUCUUGACUUAUCUGAUUUCCUUUUGCUCUUGUAGUUCGCUGAACGU